AUGACCGGAAAAGGCUCCGUCUUUCUGCUCGGUCCCGGCUUCAUCGGGCUUCAGAUUCUCGACGAGCUCCUUAAAGACGGCUACCCGGUGACGGUGCUGGUGCGGCGGGAGGAAGCAAGGGCGAAGCUCGAGAAGCUCGGCUGCAAGACGGUGCUCGGGUCGCUCGACGAUGGCGACGUCAUCCGUAAGGCCGCCGCCGCCGCCGACAUUGUCAUCCACACGGCGACCGCGGACCAUCUCCCAUCGGCACUGUCCAUCCUAGAUGGUGUGGACGAGCGCGCCAAGAGCGGAAAGAGCACCAUCUACAUCCACACCAGCGGGUGCAGUGCCAUCACCGACGGCGGGCACGGCGAGCGCAUGAGCGACAAGAUCUACGAAGACGACAAGCCCGAGACGAUUGACAGCAUUGCCGACAAUGCUCCCCACCGGUCCAUUGAUUUGGCGAUUCUCAAGCGUCGCCGCGAGCUCGGCACCAAGGCCAAGAUUUCGAUCGUGCUUCCACCCGUCAUCUACGGCGUGGGCAAGGACAACCGACUGUCAAUCCAGAUUCCGACCAUGGCCCGGUUCGCCCUCAAGCACGGCUUCGCUGGUUACGUCGAGGGAGGCAAUGCGGUGUGGGGAUACAUCCACGUGGCUGAUUUGGCCCGGGGAUACCUGGCCAUCGUGCACUACAUGGAGUCCGCACCGGCCGAGGAGGUGUUGGCGGAUCCAUACUUCUUCAUCGAGAACGGGGAGGAGUACUCGUGGAAGAGAGCCGCAGAGGAGAUCGGAAAGGCGCUCCACAAGGCGGGCAGACUCAGCGACCCAACGCCCCGGCAGAUCCCACCCGAGCUCUACAGCUAUGUUUUCGGCGAGUGGUCGGGCCCUGUCGUUGGCCGCAACGCAAGGAACCGCGCCAACAGACUUCGCGCCCUCGGCUGGAAGCCCCAAGAGAAGUCACCUUGGGACUCCCUGGCGUCGGAGGAACUGCCGAUCAUUAUGGCAGAGAAGACCGACUUCAACGGCUACUCAGCCCCAGUCGCUUCUUAA